AUUCACUAUAUCUGGUCCCCCACAGUACACAGAACAUGGAAGUGCAAUUAUUUUAGUAAAUAUAAAUAGCUAAAUAUCUCUUGUGACUUCUAUAUGUGCCUAACUGAGCACAUGUUAAAGCUUCUAGGAGGAGUAUUAAUUCUGCUCUAAGAGGAUGCAGGACCCCUGACCUGUCUGGACAGUGCUGAUUGGCCCUGUGCUAAUCACGUGCACUCUCCCAAGAAAAAAAAACCUCUCUAGCAAUACACACCAAACUGAGCAUGGGCAGAGUGACUCCACAUGACAUGUCUUAUCAGGAAAAAAGAGGGGAGCACAGGAAGAAGGGGAGGAUCAGAGAAGUCAUGAUCAAACAGAGUUUUUACAUAAUGCAGAGGAUUGACGCCUUAGGUUCCACAGUGCGUACAGCAAGAAUGCUUUACUGCAUAUACAGAUUGAUUUUACUGUUGUGUGUUUAG